AUGGCCAGUUCAACUUUCCAGCAGAAGACGGAGGAGGAGUGGCGGCAGACCUUGACGCGGGAGGAGUAUCGUGUCCUUAGGGAGAAGGCGACGGAGCCGGCAGGCAGUGGAGAAUACGACCGCUUCACUCCUUCUAGCGGCUGUUUUGUGUGUCGCGGAUGUCUCUCUCCUCUCUUUCCCGCCAGCAGCAAAUUCAAAUCCGGCUGCGGCUGGCCGGCGUUUGACAGGGCGUACAAAGGCAAAGUGAAGGCCGUAUUAGACCUCAGUGGCGGCAUGAGAGGAUGUCUCUCUCCUCUCUUUCCCGCCAGCAGCAAAUUCAAAUCCGGCUGCGGCUGGCCGGCGUUUGAUAGGGCGUACAAAGGCAAAGUGAAGGCCGUAUUAGACCUGAGUGGAGGCAUGAGGCGCUGGGAGAUCAUCUGCAGCACCUGCGGGGGCCACUUAGGCCACGUCUUCAAUGGCGAACGCUUCACGGAUACCAACGAGCGCCACUGCGUGAAUUCGUUGUCGAUAAAAUAUAUGGAGAAUGAGCCGUCUCCUCCCUUGGAAACUGAAGUGCUAAACCCAGAGAAAUAA